AAUGGAAUGUAUUGCCGGAUUGCCCUGCUGUCAAGCUUUUCAGUUGACGUAUUUUGAUUUAUAACGGUGAAUGAACCGCACAGAGUACACGUUUCGCAUUUAAUAAAUAAACAUUCAUCUAUUUUGGGGAACUAUUUUAAUUAUUAAAUAUUAUUUAAAUAUAAAUUUGUAAUACUAUUAAUUAAAAUUAAUAAAAAUGGCUCCAUCAGCAAAAUUAAAUCUAAAAGAUAAAGUGGAAGAUGGUGAAUUGGAUCUCAGUAUGUCUGCGCUCCAAGAAGUUCCGAUUAAGGAAAUCGCUCAAGCAAAGAAGGCUAAUAAGUUGGAUUUGUCAAAUAACCGGUUAACAUCCUUAGGGAAAAAUUUCGCAACAUUAACACAUAUUAUUCAUUUGGAUUUGAGUAAUAAUAUGUUAAAAGAAUUGCCAGAAAAUUUUGGUAAUUUAAAACAAUUAAAACAUUUGGAUUUAUACAAUAAUAAAUUAACCCAUCUACCUUUGAGUUUUUCACAAUUGAAAUCCUUAAAAUGGUUAGAUUUAAAAAAUAAUCCAUUAGUGCCUGCAUUAGCACAAGUAGCCGGACCAUGUUUAGAUGCACAACAAUGUCAAAAGAGUGCAAAGAAUGUUGUUGACUUCUUAUCAAAAAUGCAAGAUAAAGUCUAUGAUGAUAUUGUGAAAAAAUCUGCUGCCGCAAAUAAUGCAAAUAAGACAAAAGAAGCUGAAAAUGCUAAACAACAAAAACAAAAGGAGAAAGCAAAGAAGGAUAAGAAUAAGAAAGAUAAACAAGAGAAGAAUGAUAAGAAAGCGAAUACUACUGAUAAUAAGAAUAAACAAAACGCUGCAACUGAUAAAUCAGCAGCUGCUAAUAAACAAAAGAAGAAUAAAGCGGGUAAAAAGAAUAAAAAACAAUCAUUUACAGCAUCAGUGAUAAAGAAGUUAUUUACAUUAAUAUUUAUCGCUUGUGUUACGCUACCAAUUUUAUCGUAUGUAUAUAUUGAACAUAUCAAAACGAACUCACCGGAAUAUCGUAAAAUACGUGAUCAUACGUCACAUGCUUGGAAUGUAACUGUCAGUAAAAUGCCGCCAGAGGUCUUACACUAUGCUGAAGUGGUAUCAGUUUAUACGGCACCAAUUACUGAAUUUGUUACAACGAAAUCGGUGAUUAUUUUUGAAAUGAUUGGUGAAGCACGACAAAGUGAACAGUACAAAUUAUUAAAAGUACAAGUACAAACGUUACUCGAAACACUUGUUAGUAAAAUCAAAGAAUUGUUUAAUAGUUCAACAACAAGCACUAAGUGACUAAAUUAAUUUAAAUAUUUUCAA